AUGGCUGAACUAUUUUGUAACUCCAAAAUAAUCAGUAGCACACAUUUAAUCUUUCAAGAAUAUAACCAGUCGGGACAGCCUACCAAAUGAUUAGCAAGAAUAAAUCAAAGACCAAGUUUAAAAACUUCAAAGAGAAAAGACCAAGAAGCAACUGAAGAUAUGGAAAAGAAUGCUCCUAAAGAUGGUUUAAAACCAAGGAAGAUGAGAAUAAUAGAAAUGCGGACAUAUUUCACAAUUAUACACAGAAGGAAUCAUAGAAGAAAAAUGUACAGUUCCACUGGAAAACACCCGGCUUUCCUAAUAGCAGGUAAGGAGACUUUAUGAGUUUUUUGUGAAAAUUCGAUAUAUUUUCAGAACAUUAAAUUAUUUGUUUAAAUUCUCCAAAGAAUCCAUGAGAACUGUGAGACUUAGAUGGGUUUACAGGUGAUUUAUACCGAAAAUAGCAACAAAUAUGUAUCGGGGAUAUAUAUCGGUCCAAAGAAGUGGCUAAUUCUUUCCAAGCUUAAAGUCUGACUCCUAGAGCCUCAUUUUAUCUUCCCUAUCCCUCAUAUUGCCCAAUUUUAAA